UACAUGGUAGGUAUACUCUUCUCUAUUCUUCUCUGCUCGCCUACAACCAUCGUAGAUGCCCGACCGACAAUUAACCGUGUCUCGCCUUCCACGUACACCUUGUACGUACCGGCAGACAGGCAACGAAUCGGCAGCGGCACCGGCGGCGAGGAGAUUACCGUAAUCCGUUUUCUUGACGGUUUCGCGAGUCGGAUCGGGCCCGGACGGCAAGUGCCGGUGCUUCGGCAGUGAACCGAGCCUGUCUAGCGUACUGCUGGCCAUGUAUGUACUGGUAGGUACUGUAGAGC